GCCCUAGAAAAAUCCCACGAUUUACGCAGCCGCACUAUUGCGUUUCCUCUUCACCCCAUCAGAGAAAUCCCCAAAUCAAUCUCACUCUUUUAGCUCACUUUCCUUUUUGGUUCUUUUUUCCCACGAAUUUCUGCGAUUUAGCUCGAUCGAAGCUUCGAACUUGUCUGGGUUUAGCUUUAAAGAGAUGGCUUCGUCUCGCAGCCUACACGGUUGCGACGUCGUCGAUUUGGUUUUCUCAUGGUGGUGAUGGAUGGUCUGGAGAUUUCUUUUCCCGUGGACGUUCUUCCGCCGGCUAAGCUUAUGGGAUCUGAAGGGUGUGGUGGAGUUAGGGUUUCGUCGAACAAAGCAGAUAACAACUGUGAGACGGGUCGUGUCUCGAUUGGUGUAAAUUCUUCGAUUGAGCGUUGCAGUGCUUCAAUUAGCAAGAAAGGAGCAGGAAGCAGCAGUGGGGCUUCAGAUUCAUCGUUAUGGCGCAAAUUAAUGCACUCACACGACUUUGUACAUGAUAGGCUUACCAAACUUCGCGUUGAGAAUUCAUCCGAGCCUCAAAACGGUUAUCUACCAAUUGCCAGUCCAGAAAGUGCCGAGUCUCCUAGGAAAAGAGGAAAACUUUCGAGAAGUAGUAGUAAUGUCAGUUCGAAAAGGACAAAAUUGAUUCUUUUAGAUGACACGGUGAACACAGUCAGAGAAAAUGAGACUAAGGAGAUUUGUGGACAAGUAUCUACUCACUCGGAUAAACCCCUAGCAGUGAAGCAACGAAGCAGCUGUAACGGCAGGCGAGGUGAUAAGAGAAAUACAAAAGUUCCCACCAGAAAUUUUUCAACCGUCAAUUCAGCUACUGGCGAGAAUGCAUUUUUCGGUGCCUAUGGCCUGAAGCCUGAAAUAAAUGAUGUUACCAAACUCGUUGAAGAUUUGUCAUUGAACAAACUUCUUGAAGGCUCUUAUGAGUGUCCUGCUUUGGGCAAAGACAAGAUGAAGAAAUUGGACAAUACUAAUGACAUUUUGCUAAGUGUGGUCAGGAAUGUUUGGUCUGUUCUUCCAACUAGAAGGCCUCUUCAAUCACAAAGCUCUGCUGAAUUAGACUCUUGCAUCAGCAGAACUCUGGGCUCACCAAGCUCUAUCUCUGCCACGUUCAAUGGUGAAAACAGCGAUAAAGUAAAUGCACUUGAUGGAGAUGUAUCCUCAUCUUCUAAGGAUCCUUGUGUCAACCCUGAAAUUCCUUCCACGCCACUUAAUUUUCCAUUAUGCGAGUCUAGCGAUGUAUUGAAAAGAUUAGGCCUUCCUCCGCCGAAAGAUUUAGACUCUCUGCUCCAAGAUGCUUCAAAACCUUCUCAGAACCCUAAGAAUAUGUCGGAUCAGCAGCGCUCAGCUAGACAACUACCUCCUCGUGGUGGAUUGCCACAUUUCCCUUGGUCACAGGCUUAUAAUAGCUCUAGAACGAACUCAGAAGCUGCAAAGCUUCUAAACGGCAAAACGCUUUGUCAAGGACGAUGGCUACGAAUAGCCGAUCCUACUAUGAUUUCUCCAGAUAGUAUAACCGAUCAUUUCGCAAAUCUGGAUUCACUCACUUUCAACCAAAGCUUAGUCCUUCCAGUACAGAAGCAAACUAUUUCUGGAACCAAGGCGUCUCAGAAAAUUUUCGCUAACACCACUUCGUGCCAAUGCACAGAAGCAUCUGUUUCUACCUUUCAAAAAGCUUCCUUUGUUCCUACAGAACCAGAGGAAACACGAGAUGUUCACGACGAUGCUCUAUCCUGUCCUCAGCUAUUAGCAGCUGCUCAAACGCUGUGUGACAUUGCAGUCCAAUCCGGAAGCCACCACAACAACCCAGACGGAAUCCUCAGAGGGCCAAAGAAGCUCUCGCAGAAGUCCAUGAAAGCCCGCAAAUCCAUACUAAUCGAAACGCCUCUGGAAAGGCACGGAGCUACUGUUUCCUCCAUUGAUCAUAACUUAAGCAGCAAGAACAACCACCACGUGAGAAAAGAUUCAGCAGCAGAGCAGAAUCGUCAUCAUCAUCCUAAGCCUUCAAAGAGACUGAAACUAUCAACGAUGGAGAACAGGAAAGGAUCCUUCCCAAGCUCAUCAUCAGCCGCAAUAGAAUCAGACAGAAAACAUUCAUCUUCAAGCAAGUUCAAGAACCAUUCCCGUAUGAUGAUGCCGCCGCCUCCACCACCAACAAGAACACUCCAAAAAGCAUCCACUUAUCCUCAGAAACCUCGGAAAUUUCCAGGAAUCAGUUGGAAAUAAGCCUGGUUUAUCCAUAGAAACUGAUCUUGUUUACUCGAAAAACGAUCUGUUACACGUCGUAGGCGUCGUCUGUAAAUAUGAAUGUUGUCACGGUAUAAGGUAAGUUCUUCUCUAUGUGCGCAGUUUAAUUAGGUGCAGAAGACUACAUAUAUAUAUAUCUAUAUAGUUUAUAUAUGUAUUGCCUUCAUGUUGUAACAUUUUUCAGUCUUAGUUGUAACCAAACAGUUCUUUUCAA